UUUAGUGAAACAAAUUUGGCGUAGGCAAUGUUUACAUUGACACCGAUAAAAAUGACAGACUGGUUAGCGUACUGUUCUAUAAAGGUGUGUUAUUUUCUCAGGCUGGGUUUAUAAUUGCAAACCAGUCGACAUUGUAUCACAUUGUAUCACUGAGACGCUCGGUAAUAGAUGUAUAUAAGAUAAAUCAAGCGUCUGUCACGUUAUUGAAGUAGACGAAAAAAUAUUGUCAAAUUUUAUCAAAUUAUCAAAUCGUUUACAUCGAAAAUGUCUUGUUCAAAACCCAAACAACGAAAAAUCGACACAUUCUACUGUGUAACAAGCCCAGUGUCUUCUCAGUGUGUUAUUCAGCCAAUUAUUGAAGACAUUUUGACUUUUGUUUGCAAGAGCAAAAAAACUCAUACGACAGCAUUAGACGCUACGAUCAAAUCAUGGUGUAAAGGUUUCCCUUGGCUGUCUGUAACGUCAGAUACGACAGAUGUAGUGCGUUUGAAAUGUGCCUUGUGUUGUAAGCACAAAAUGGGUGGAAAAUGGGCCACAGAAGGGGUUCUCAACAUCCAAAAGUCUAACAUUGAACGGCACUGUACCAGCAGAGAACAUCUUGAUGCUGAAAGGGUGGAAAUAAAAAAAUCAUCUGGUAUAAUUUCUGAGUCAGAGAGUGAAGAUGAUGUUGGUGAUUUGUCAAAACAAGAUUUAUUUCUUUUCCGCACCAUAUAUUGUCUUAUGAAAAGUGAAACCCCCCUAAAUAGAUUAGAUACUAUACUAGAGUUACAGCGACUAAAUGGUGUUGACCUAGAGUAUCAGAACUUAAGCUGGACAACAGUUUCUGAAAUUCAAAAUAUCAUUGCAGAUGGGUUUACAAAGGACCUUGUUAGUGAAAUUAAUUCUUCAAACGUUUAUGCAAUUCUCAUUGAUGAAAGUACUGACAUUAGGGUAAGCAAAAGGUUAUCAAUUUGUGUAAGAUAUGUAAAGAAUGGGCAACCAGUCACAACCUUUCUAGCAAGUACAGAAAUCAGUGAUGGAGGUGCAUAUACUGUUGUAGGGGCAGUGCAUAGUGUUAUUUUAUCGUUAGGGUUAGACUUAACAAAGUGUGUCUCUCUGGCUACCGAUGAGGCAAGUGUUAUGAUGGGAAAAAAGACUGGUAAAGGCGUCCAAAUGAAAGCCAAAUUUUCUCCAUACAUGACACAAACCCACUGCAUUGCUCAUAGAUUGAACCUGGCAAGAGGUGAUGCCAUUAAGAAGAAUGAAACUUUGAAAAAAUUUAAACAGAUGUUUGAAACUUUGUACCAUUUCAUGUCUGCAUCAACUUUACGGAUUAAUAAACUUAAGGCUGUGCAGGAUAUACUUAAUGAACCUGAAAUAAGUAUUAAGGAGCCUCAUUCAAUUAGAUGGUUAGGGCUUAAAAAAGCUGUAGAAGCUGUAUAUGAUUGUUAUGGUGCCUUAUGUUUAUCACUUCUCGAAGGAACAGUUGGAAAGUCGGAAUAUAUGAAAGAACAUGAUGGUAAUGGUUUACAUGAAAUGAAAGACAGCAUCGAGUUUAAAACUCAGUCAGAUGAUGAGGGAGAACCAAAGCCAUUUUAUAAGGGUGAAAAAACUACUGUUGACCUCUUACUUAAUGGUGAUGAACUGAAAACUGAAUGGCAAGGCAUUAAAGCAAUGGUAACUGGGUGUUAUAAAUCAUUGUCACUAAAGGCAUUUUGCAGAAAGAUUAUUCAGAGUUCACUGUCAACAAGCUAUCCCAACUUUGCAAAGCUGGCUGAAAUUGGACUCUGCAUGGAAGUCACCAGUGUAGAAUGUGAGCGGACAUUUAGUGCACAAAACAGACUAAAAAGUAAAUACAGAGCUGCCCUGAAAGAAGAAUCCUUAGAGGCUCUCCUUACUGUGUCACUAAUUGGCCCAACACUCAGCCUGUUUAAGCCAGCAGGCAGUGUGAGGAGAUGGGUUAGGGCAAAGCAGAGAAGGAAAAGGAGGCUAACUGCACCUUACAAGUCAAGAACACUAAAAAAAAUUAUGUCUAAAUGUGUAUGA